CCACAUUUGCUAUUAACUAUUACCUCUAUAAAUAUCACCAUGAUUAUGUCUACAAGAUCAACUCCUUCAAAAGAAAAAAUUGAUUCUGUUGCUCCUGUCAAAAUGAAGCGGAAAUUAGUAAAAAAAGCGCAAAAAGAUGUUGAAGGAAGUGUUGUUGCUUCUGCCUCUGAGAAUGUUAAAGCAAAGGGAAAGAAGGUGGAUGACACUGGUUUGAAAAGAAGGCGUUUGGCUUUUGAUGCUGUACUUGAUCCUAAGAAAGUUGAGAAAUCCUUGCAUAUUGAAGAACCAACUCGUUUCGUUCAGAAUCGGUUGAUUGAUACCUAUUUCCCAAAUAGUGAAGUUACUCGAGAUGGAUUGGGUGUCAUAUUUUUGAACAAGGUUUUCAAGUUGGAUGAAGACGCGGUUAAAUUGGCUGUAAUUUAUUAUGUUGUAUAAUGUAUGUAUAAUGUAUGUUAUUCUGAUAUUGAAAGUUAUUAUGUUGUAUAAUGUAUGUAUCUUACAUAUAUAAUAAAUGUAUCUAAACUUAACA